AUGGGAACCAUGUACGCCACCUGUCCCUUCGACAAGUGGGGAAUUGAUAUAGUGGGAAAACUCCCUACUGCACCUGGAGGAAAAUGUUUCCUCAUUGUAGCAGUCGAUUAUUUCUCCAAAUUGGUGGAGGCCAAGGCAGUGUCAAAAAUCGAUGAAUGCACUAUCGAGAGAUUCUUGUGGCGGAAUAUUUGUUGUAGAUACGGGUCGCCGAGGGUACUCGUCUCUAACAAUGGAUCACAGUUCACCGGAAAAAGAAUAGAAGAAUUUUGUCAUCGGAUGGAUAUCAUCCAAAGAUUUAUCUCUGUGGCUCACCCACAGGCCAAUGGCCACGUAGAGCUUACCAACCGCACCAUUUGUGAAGGGCUGAAAAGUGACUGGAAAAAAGUAAAUGGAGAUGUACGGAAGAGCUGGAUGGUGUUCUGUGGGCUCAUCGAACCAGCCCAAAAACUUCUAUAG